UUAUAAUGUAAGAUAAACUGAAGCAAGCAUAUAAAUUGCAAUUAUUUGAGAAAAAAUUAAUAUUUUUAUUUACGACGUACUUAGAUGUACAAUACAAUUUGUGAAAGUGAUGAAUUUAUUAGCGGGAAUCAUAUUUCUAUUAUUAAUUAUAUUGGAACAAAAAAUUGACGUAUUGUCAAGUAGAAGAAAUCCUGAAGAACAUGGAAAUUACUUUCAAGGAGAUAUUAUACGAAAAUCUAAUUUGUUUAAAUCUGUAAUAAAAAACAGUGAGAUGAAAUGGCCUAAUGGAAUAAUUAGAUACAAAAUAUCAAAAAUAUAUAAUCAAAGUAAUUAUGAUAUGAUAAGAAGAGCAAUGGAUAUUAUUGAAUAUAAUACUAAUAAAUGUAUUCAAUUUAAAGGAAAAAAAAAAAAAACCAAAGAUUAUAUAUUUAUUUUGGAUAAAGAAAACUAUGGAUGCGGUAGUCAUGUAGGAAGACAAAAAGGAAAGCAAGACUUGUUUUUAGAACAACCAAUUUGUCUUGAAAAAUUAGGAACUAUAAUUCAUGAAUUAUUACAUGCUGUAGGACUUUUUCAUGAACACGUUAGACCUGAUAGAGAUAAAUACGUAAGAAUUUUUAAAAACAAUAUAAAAACGGGUGUAAGAGAUAAUUUUGAAAUUGAGGAUGAAGAAAAUAUUAGAUUCGACUUUGAUUAUGAUUAUGGCAGUAUUAUGCAUUAUUCAACUAAUUCUUUUGCAAAGACUAUUCAUUUAAAUACGAUGCGUCCAAGAAAACCAAAUAUAGUUAUAGGUCAAAGAGAAAGACUUAGCGCAACUGAUAUAAAAAAAUUGAAAAAAAAAAAAAAAAAAAUGCUCAAAUUAAUAAACUCACAAAUAAAAUUGAUAUUGAUUAUAGUUGUAGGAAUUUUUGUUCCCCCAUUAAAAACAUUUACUUAUCAAAAUUAUGUCGGUGAUUAUCCAUUUAGUAUUGUUUCUUAUUUCUUAAAUUCAAAAAAUCAAUUAUUACCCGAACAAAAUAGUCCAAAUCCAGAUGAAUUAGGAUCUUAUAUUGAGGGUGAUAUUGUUCUAUCACCGGAAAUGCAAAUUGAAGAUUUUGAAAGUGAAAAAAAGCCAAAAUUAUGGAGUGAUAAAAAAAUUCCCUACAUAAUCAGUGCUGAAUUCUAUGAAAAUCCAAUGGCAUUAAAAACAAUUUAUGAUGCAAUAAAUGACUUUCAUUUAUUGACGUGCAUUCAAUUUGUCCCACGCACUACAGAAUCUGACUACGUUGAAAUUAAAGCUGACUCAAAAGGAUGUUGGAGUUAUGUUGGUAAACAGGGUUUUGUACAAACAGUCAAUCUUCAGAUUCCCAUGUGUUUGAGAAAAAAAGGAACAGUCAUCCAUGAGUUUAUGCACACUAUUGGCUUUUUUCAUGAACAUCGUAGAUUUGAAAGAGAUUUUUACAUUGACGUUCACUGGGAUAAUAUUAAAGAUGAGGCACAAAUUCAUUUUCGAAAAUCGAUGAAUCCAACUGACGAUUUGGGAAUUCCCUAUGAUUAUGGAAGUGUUAUGCAUUAUUCACAGCUUGCCUUCUCGAAAAAUGGGGAUGCUACUAUUCUUCCAAGGAUGAUUACAAAUGAAGUAUUAGGUCAACGUUAUGGAUUUAGUGAAAAAGACGUUCAAAAAGUCAAUACAAUGUAUUCAUGCCCACCAAAAACAGAAAUUCAUUUGGCUCCAAAUACAACAUGGUGGAAUAGUAUUCGUUUUUUUUAAAUCAGUAAUAUAUAGAAUAUAGAACUUUUUUUUAUUUAUUGUAAAUAAUGCUCAUUUUUUGUAAUGAUAUUGAGUAGUUUAAGAAAUAAAUUAUUUAUUAAAAAAAAUUGUCAUUGCGUCUUAAUUUAGGAGAUGGAAUAGCAUGAGAGAGAAAAGAACGCAAGUAUAUUUCUAUCCUUUUCUAUCGUAUGUGGAAGGUUACCAUUGUUCCCAUUCGCUAUUUAUCAUAAUUCUCGUUAACUACCACACUCUGCUCUAGUGAAAAUUUAGUGAAUUUAUAGUAAACUUUUAAUUUUAACUAAAAAGUUAAUAAAUUUUCACUAGAGCAGGGUGCGGUAGUUGACGAGAAUUAUGACAAAUGGCGAAUGGGGACAAUGGCAACCUUCCAUGUAUCACAUUUGCGAAUCAAAAAACAGUUUGGGGAGAUUGUCUGGCAUACUAAAAGUGCUUUUAAGGCGGUUCCAGAAUAGGUGCAAAAGCCAAGUACAAGUGCAAGUCCAAAUGCAAAUCCCAUGAAUGCAAAAGAGAUAGAUAGACUACCUAUCUCUUUUGCAUUCAU